AAUCUCAUACCCGAAGCCCUCCCCUUUUCAGCGUUUUAAAGUAACAUUCUAAAGUAACGGAGAAACCCAGCAGAAUGUUUAAUUUGCUUUCAGUUAAGUCAGUUAUUGUGCAUGCGCGUGCGAAUAUUAGUAUGUAAUUGACAAGGAAUUCACAGUCCUGGAUUUUAAACAGGCGCCGUAGACUGAAUACAUAGGUGAACAGCUCAGUGUCCGUUAUUUUGUUCCGAAGAGGAGAAAGAGGCAAUAUAUAUUUGCGAUAAUGGCAUUUUUAACCGUUUGGAACUACUACGCUUCGCUUUCCGUCGUUUUCCUGCUGAUCUUUGCCCGCACAGUGCUGUGCCAGGAGGUGCAGGCGGAGAACGUGACGGUGUUGGAGGGGGGCACGGCCCACAUCUCCUGCCGGCUGCAGAACUACGACGGCUCCAUCGUGGUCAUCCAGAACCCCCGCAGACAAACGCUCUUCUUCAACGGCACCCGGGCCCUGAGAGAUGACCGCUUCCAGAUGGUGCUGUUCAGCCCUCGGCUGGUGCGCAUCACCCUGAGCAACGUCAGCGUGUGGGACGAGGGCGACUACUUCUGCCAGCUCUACGCGGACGACACGCACCACCAGGUGGCCACGCUGUCCGUCAGCGUGCCCCCGGACGUGCCCCAGGUGGAGGCCAAGGCCCAGCCCGUGGAGGGGACAGAGGUGGAGCUCACCUGCUCCUCCUCCCGCAGCAAGCCCCCCGCCACGCUGCGCUGGUUCCGUGACCGCCACGAGAUCCCAGGGGCCGUGUCACAGCAGGAGAACGGGAAGACGGUGAGCGUGCGGAACACCAUCCGGAUCCCGGUGGAACGACGGGACCACGGGGCGGUUCUGAGCUGCGAGGCCUCCCACCCGGUGCUGGGGGCCCAGCGGAGAGUGCGCCGGUACCACCUGGACGUGCACUUUGCCCCCUCGGUGCAUAUCGAGCCGCCUGCCAGCAUACUGAGAGAAGGAGACUCCCUCACCCUCGCCUGCUCUGUCACAGGGAACCCACAGCCGCAGGCGGUGCAGUGGUCCCGGGUCAACAGCUCCCUCCCGGAGAAGGUGGAGAUCGAGGGCUCCAUCCUGACCGUCUCCCGGCUCAGCCGGGUGCACAACGGCACCUACCUGUGCCAGGCGCACAACCUGUACGGCCGCGCGGCGGACCACUACACACUGCUGGUGUACGACCCAGGAGCAGUGGUGGAGACCCACAGUGCAGUACCCUUCGCAGUGAUAGGGGGCAUCCUUGCGCUGCUUGUCUUCGCUGUUAUCUGUGCCCUCAUCGUCACCACCUGGUGCUCCCUCCGACAGAAGGGUUCCUACCUGACCCACGAAGCCAGUGGCUUGGACGAGCAUGGGGAGGUCCAGGAGGCCUUUCUGAAUGACGGCGACGUUCGGGAGGGGAACAAGGAAUAUUUGCUGUAGCCCUCUGCUGGCAGCCUCCGGAACUGCAACAGUACAGUGGGAUACUGUUAGACCACUCGCGGCUAAGAUGUCGCAAUGAGCGAAGGGGAUGGUUGUUUGGAUAUCCUGGAGGCGCAAUGGAGAGAGAUGCAAAUUAUACACUGUACUGUGUGGAGAUGGAGAAAUGGAGAGAAUGUUUAAAUAUGAUGGAGAGAGUGGGGUUAAUAGACAGUGACAAAGAGAAAUGUGUAUUAUAACCACCUGUGGUGAGUCAUGUUGGCUCUAUCUUGGACUUAAUUGUUUCUUUCUGUCUCUCUCAUUCCCUCUCUGUCUCCUGUGUGUGUGUGUUUGUGUGUGGUAAAAAAAACAAACUGAGUGAUAAUAUUCUGUCUGUUCUCAUGAAUAUAAGAGAAAGUUCACUGAGAACUGACAUUCAAUCGAUAUAACAAAAGAGACAAACUUUCAUAUAAAAAGCCAACGCCAAAAGUCUGAAAAAAAGUGCUAAAGGAGAACUGAUGAAUUUAAAUAAGGUAAUAUCUGUUAUUUUUUGGAUGACAUAAGAACAAUGAAAUAAAGUUAUAUGAUGACAGAUCUCUGAAUUCACUAUUUGUAUUAAAAAAGCAGUUGAAAACAAAUUUUCCAUGGAAUUCUGUUCCUUAACACAGAAUGUCAUUAUACGGUCAGACUUGCGUGUUACUCUUCUGUCAAGUUCUAAUGUAAAUAAAAAGAGAAACACAAAAUGGUCUCCAGUAAUUACCUGUGGUUUAAGGUAUCAAUACAGUCUUCUUCCCAUGGCUGCUUCUGUACUUUUGCCUUUUCUCUUCCUGUCAGCUAAUAUUAUUUGUUUCAAUAUCUUCGUCUCUGCUGCUUGUUUUAUUUUUCUAUACCUGUGGGGCUGAGAGAUGUGAAAGUGAGAAAAAUAAAAGCAUCUCCAAAAGGAUUAUAAACAAGAAGGUGAGGUGAGUGUGUUUGCACAGUGAAUUGUGAGAGGGAUUCAGAAAAUGCUGAUUCAGAAUGCUCAAAUAGGAAAGGAAGGGAAAGGAAAUAGACCAGGGAGAUGCAUAAAAAAAUGAACAAAAAAUCAAGGAAAUGUAUUGCUUACAACAUAAAGUAUGGUAAACAGAGAAGUCAUCUGAUUUAAAAUACAAUACAAUACAGUUGUAUUUUAAUCAUGUGAGAUACCUAUAAAAAAUAAUUUUCUUGAACCAGAAGUAACAAUCGCUGGGGAAAGUAUAGUAUAACAUGCCAGGCUCACACAAAGUAAAAUUCCCAAUUCAAAAUCCAUUUCAAGAUUAGGGCCAAAGAACAAUGUCAAGAUUAAAGGUAUUUUAACCAA